AUGAAGGGCCGCCUGCAGUAUGGAGGAUACGCAGAUUCACUUAAGCACCCCAUAACCAUCCCUACGGAUCACCCAGUCACCGCUUUGCUAGUGAUGAGCACGCAUACAAGGCUUCUCCACGCAGGUGUUCAAGAGACUCUAGCCGAACUCAGAGAAGAAUAUUGGGUCAUUAGAGGUCGACAGGUCGUCAAAAGAGUCCUCCAUCAGUGUCUUGUUUGUAAACGCGCCAAGGCUCGCGUCUGUACUGAGCCAAUGGCCCCUUUGCCGCGCGAUCGGGUAUCUCCCUCACCACCAUUUGAGGUAAUUGGCACGAAUUAUGCAGGUCCACUUUAUUACAAGUCAUCCACUGGUGGAGCAUGCAAGUCCUACAUACUCAUUUUUACAUGCGCCGUCACGAGGGCCAUUCACCUUGAGCUCACGAGGUCAGUGUCGGCCGAGGAUUUCAUGCAAGCGUUCAAAAGAUUCAUCGCGAGACGUGGCGUUCCGCUGAAGAUCUAUUCUGACAACUUCCUCACAUUUAAACGUGUUCGCCGAGACCUCACAUUGGCACGGCUGUCCCAGGACUCGCAAGUCACCGGGCUCCUUACAUCGAACCGAGUCACUUGGCGUUUCAUUGCGGAGCGUGCUGCCUGGUGGGGAGGGUUUUGGGAAAGGUUGAUCCGCAGCGUCAAGACCUCCCUCCGCAAGGUUUUGGGAAAGAGCACGCUGAGGUUCGAGGAUUUAGCUACGGUUGUCACUCAGGUGGAAGCUGUCAUCAAUUCGAGACCCCUCACCUACAUCUCUGAAGAUCCAAGCGACUCCGAAGCGCUUUCACCUGCUCACUUCUUGGUGGGGAAAAGACUCACAGCCCUUCCAGCACCCCGCCCAUUGGAUGCGGGCAACUCGACGUCGGGUGAUCUCCGAAGACGCUGGGCCUACCAAGAAAACCUGACCGCCGUUCUUUGGGCGAAAUGGACCAGGGAAUACAUCUUGUGCUUGCGAUCGGCGAAUAUCUGUCCGCCAUGCUCUUCGACUGGCAUCAAGGUUGGGCAUAUCGUACUCCUCGCUAAAGAAAAUGUAUCCCGAGUAGCAUGGCCUCUGGGUCGAGUCGAAGAGGUAUUCGUCAGUGCGGACGGCAGAGUACGGUCAUGCCGUGUAAGGUUGGCGGACGGGAGGAUGUUAACCCGACCAAUUCAGCUGCUUUACAGGCUGGAGGGCGACACUGCGUAA